CAUUCCAGGUUCUUCUCUCUAUCCCACCGAACCUUCAGUGUCACCUCCACUUCCUUAUUCUACCCCUCUCUUCCAAUGCCUCCAGUGGCCUCCAUUCAGUGUCCUCCACCCCUCUCUGCCAAUCCCUGCACUGGCCUUCAUUCAGUAUCCUUCACCCCUCUCUACCAAUCCCUCCACUGGCCUCCAGUCCAUGUCCUCCACCCCUCUCUACCAAUCCCUGCACUGGCCUUCAUUCAGUAUCCUUCACCCCUCUCUACCAAUCCCUCCACUGGCCUCCAGUCCGUGACCUCCACCCCUCUCUGCCAAUCCCUCCACUGGCCUCCAUUCAGUGUCCUCCACCCCUUCUCUGCCAAUCCCUCCACUGGCCUCCAUUCAGUGUCCUCCACCCCUCUCUGCCAAUCCUCCACUGGCCUCCAUUCAGUGUCCUCCACCCCUCUCUGCCAAUCCCUCCACUGGCCUCCAUUCAGUGUCCUCCACCCC